AUGAAAUCGCAGUGGAAAUGCCUUAAUCUUGGCAAUUACACCAACAAGGCCAAUGGCCGUCGCAGACAGAAAUAUACCACUCCUUGUGAUGCAUGUGCAAACAGCAAGAUUAAGUGCGACUCCAAUCUUCCCUGCUCACGAUGCCUGAGGCUCAAAAAAUCUUGUACUUUCAAGCGUAAAAAGAGGCCAACUGGUGAUCCACACCCGAUCGAUUCUCCAGAAAACCAACAAUAUGAGCUGGCAACUGCGCUAGAGGUUUUUUCAAAUACAGGAAAUUGGGGUACGGGGUUUGGGGUGUACACUUUGGGUUCAGCGGAGGAGAUUAUCUCCAAAGAAAUUUUACUACCUUUUAUCGAUAUCUACUGGAAAUGGUAUUAUGGAAACUGGCCCAUUUUGCCAGCUCGUAGCUUGUCCACUCGGUGCCAAAGCCUUAAUCCUACCUCCACUACACCAGCAUCCAUAGAUAACGUUUUGUGCUAUUCGCUCAGUUGUGCAGUGGCUGCUGCAAUUGCCAAUCAGCUAACAUUUCUCAAGUCAGACAACCCUAUCAACUUUGACUUGGAGCAUAUUGACAUCGACAGACUCAUCCAAGAAAGCGUUCGAGCCCGAAAUUUAAUCAAUUAUCGGGCUCUCCCUUCGGUUGAUAAUAUUUUGAUAUCUUUCUUCCAGUACAUUUACUAUGUCAAUGUGGAAGGGUACAUGGAUAGUGGACUUUUGUGUAUGAAAGAGGCCAUUGAUAUAGCCCAAAUUUUCCGGAUGCGUCACUGGCGGAUGAAGCAGGGUCAUUCCACUUUGGAAAUGCACCUGUUAUCCAAGAUUCAUUAUAUGCUCUUGAUCAGUGAGAGGUAUAUGUGCAUAGAACAGAAUCUCCCGGUAUGUCUAGAGUCUUCGUUGCCUUUACCAACAUCAGACUUGGAUGAGAAUCCUUCGUUGUUGGCUGGAUUUCAGGAGCUUGUCAAGUGCUUUGCGUUGGUAGAUCGGAGCUUUUUUGACAACUUGAUCAGUUAUACCACGAAGCAAACGAAUUAUCUAAGUGCGAGCCACCUGAACUGGUUUCCCAGGAGAAGCUGGAUCAAAACUAUCAACAGUAAGUUGAAGGAUAUACAAAUAGUACAUGCCUGUGGGGAAACUCAAAUGAUGAAUGUCACCUUGUCAAAGCAUUGGAUGAGGGCUCUUGUAUGGAACUUGAGUCACGAAAACAAUUUCACCACUGAUGUACAACCAGAACAUUACUUGUCCUACAAACACCCUGUCUCCAUAGCACGGGACUUUUUGGAUGAGACUUCUAGUCUACUGAGCUUUGCAUUUGAGUCCAAUGGCCCAGGCCUAUGCGUGAAGCUAUUGGAAAUAACUUGCAGAGUUGCUGAUUCUAUUACAAUCACUGGUGAUUUGGGAGCCUUGCCGGUUCUUCAGACCAUGUUUGACUUGGUUUUGCAAUACAAGUCGGACAUUACCAUCUCCAGGAGUAUUUAUUUGAAGGUGAAAAGUGUCUUACAAAAAGCUUCAUCUUCUUUCAAUGAAUUUCCAGCUUUCAAUCUUGAUCUUUUCGAUUUACAAAUUCCCUCAAUCGUUUCUUCACCAUAUAGCAAUCUUGCCAUGUCAAGAAAAGAGGAGCAAUCUGAGACCCUUCACAACCACUAG